GAACCCACUCUGUUUCAGUCGCGGUUUCGCGAAACCGGGUUCGCCAUGCCGGUCGUCCUUAUCCACACUCCCGUGAGAAUCUAGCAGGUUCGAAGCAUCGCCGGACACUGACAGAAAAAGGCGAGGGCGGCGUCUCCUACAACUACAAAUAGAUUGGAGCCAAUCCGAUCCAGAUCCGCGAGCCGCCGGCAACGUGUCGACGCAGUCGUGUUCUUGGGGGUCAAGAGGACCGUGUGAGAGGAGAGGGGAAGGGGAUGGCUACAACAAGGGCCGUGGGGGGAGCUCUCGUCCCUCGGACUGCGUGGGCGGCGGUCGCGGAGGCCGUUGCGAGGAGGAUGGAGGGGCUGGGCGGCGCCGGCGCUGGUGGGCGCGCGCCGCGAUACUUCACCGACAAGGCCUCCGGCAGGGUGCUCAGCGAGGAGGAGCGCGCCGCCGAGAACGUCUACAUACAGAAGAUGGAGCGGGAGAAGCUGGAGAAGCUGCGGAGGAAGGCGGACAAGGACAAGGCCGAGGCCGCCAAGAGGGCCGCCGCCGCCAAAGGGGACAAGAAGAAGGGUGAGGAGGAGGCGCAUCCAAGCUGAUCGUCACAUCAGAUCGAUGACGGCGCGGAUGUGGGGUACCACUGAUCCGUACAUGUAGAUAGAACCUCUCCUCGUCGUACUGCAACAGCGUGGAUGGAAGGAGGAAGCUUCCCAGCCUCGUCGUGGUGUGUGUGAUCCCUAUCACUAGUGCUGUGAACUUUCUUUUGCAGCGGUGAUGUGCCUUGUCGUUGCAAAUGGAGGAGGCUUUGCUCAUUAAGCCUCUUGCAUGUACAUAGCUUCUGUUUUGGAAUAAACAUGUAGUACAUAGUUCAUCGAUGAUGAAUAAAAAUGCAUUGUGAGAAGGAUGUUAACAA